UCGGGAUUUUACCUUUUCUGACACACCCCCUUUUAUUUUUGGUUGAACAGAGUGUGUGCUGGUUGUAAGCAUGGGUCUUCCCACUAAGAUAACUGAUUUAAUUGUAAAAGACAUUCGAUUUCCAACUUCGUUAGAGAAAGAUGGAUCUGAUGCAAUGCAUAAAUCCCCAGAUUAUUCUCUUGCAUAUGUAAUUGUAAAGACAGACAGUGAAAUAGAGGGACGAGGGAUGACCUUCACUGUUGGCAGGGGAACACACAUAGUGUGCUGUGCUGUAGAAGCCUUCAAGAAGCUGGUAGUUGGACAGAAAUUGGCGAAUAUUUUUGGAAAUUUUGGUCAAUUCUGGCAGUCUAUAUGUAGUGAAGACCAAAUCAGAUGGUUAGGUCCAGAAAAGGGUGUAACACAUCUAGCUACAGCAGCCAUUGUUAAUGCAUUAUGGGACUUAUGGGCCAAAAUGGAAGGGAAGCCAUUGUGGAAACUUCUUGCAGACAUGGAACCAGAAAAACUUGUUUCAACCAUUGAUUUCAGAUAUAUGGAGGAUGCAUUAACAAAAGCUGAAGCAAUAGAACUUUUGAAAUCAAGACAAGCUGGAAAGGCAGACAGAGAGGCUGAACUUAAAAGUACAGGUUUCCCAGCAUACACAACAUCAUGUGGUUGGUUAGAUUAUCCAGAUGAUAAAAUCAGGAAGUUGGCAACUGAAGCAAUAAGUCAAGGAAUGGAGAGAUUUAAAAUGAAAGUUGGAGGAGAUAUUGAGGAUGACAUCAGAAGGGCCAAAAUAUUCAGAGAAACAAUUGGAUAUGACAGAUUAUGGAUGGUAGAUGCUAAUCAGAAAUGGGAGGUACAGGAAUCUAUUGAUUGGAUGAAAAAGUUAGCUCCAUAUAAACCAUUGUGGAUUGAGGAACCCACAAAUCCUGAUGAUAUUAUGGGCCAUGCUGCUAUUGCUGAGGCCUUAAACCCUCUUGGUAUUGCUGUAGCAACAGGAGAACAUUGUCAGAACAGAGUAAUGUUUAAACAGUUUCUGAAGGCCAAGGCCAUGCAGUAUUGUCAGAUUGAUGCCUGCAGAGUGGGAGGUGUAAAUGAGUGUGUAGCAAUUAUCUUAAUGGCAGCAAAGUAUAACAUUCCUGUGUGUCCUCAUGCUGGUGGUGUAGGUCUGUGUGAACUAGUGCAACAUUUGUCAAUGUUUGAUUACAUAUCAGUUGGUUGCUCUUUAAAAAACAGAAUGAUAGAAUAUGCUGAUCACUUACAUGAGCAUAUGGAAGCACCUGUUAAAAUAAAAAAUGGCUGUUAUGUAGUACCUACGGUUCCAGGGUAUUUGGUUGGUGUUAAAGAAGACGCCAUUAAGCAGUUUGAAUAUCCAAUGGGUAGUGAAUGGCAAAGAAUGUUUGCUGAUGGCACAUUUGAACCUGAUGUGUAAUUGAACUAUCAAUCUAAUGUGUAGUUUUAACUACUAAAAGAUGGCUGAUUGAUCUCUUUAUAUUCAGUCAACUUUAGUGGAUUAUAAUUUAAGUUAAAACAUAUACAGAUAGCAUUUAAUUUAUUUUAUGUUUCAUAUCUCAGAACCAUAGAUUGUUGAUAUUUUUCAUUUGCAAAUUGUAUCUGAUUUUGAUUAAUUAUGUGCCAUGUUACUGCCAUAGUGAUAUUCAUCCUUCAAUGCCUCAUUUUGGUUUGUCAUUCCUUCAGUAUGUAAACAUGUUUCAUUGUGAAAUACGUAAUUGUAUUAUUAAUCUAGUAUGGCUAGUGUCAUAGGGGGAUAAGACUUAGCCAUAACUAUUCAGAAAGGUCUAACAAAUUUGGGAUUGAUUUUUUUUUUUUUUUCCGUGAAGAAAUAUAUUGGGAGAUUACGCAAUAAUGCUGUUUCAU